CAUGCACCAAGACCAACACCGUCCACAUCUCACCCCCACCUAUUUCAGCACACAACACUCUCCCUUAUCGCCAUAAAUGUAAGUGUCAUUUCCACCGGAAUUUACAAAUAACCCAGGAAAUUCACAGGUUAAGUUUCCCUAGAUGACAAGUUCAAACAAUCAAAUCCAGAUGCAAAAUGGAGAAGAGAGCAAUAAAAUAUCAGAUGACAUAGACCAGGGCAAGCUCUACUUUCCUGACACUGCAAUCAGAAUUCAAACUCAAGAGGAAAAGGAUAAAGACCAGGUGAAUUUAUGGAACAAAGGGAUAGGUGGGGUAGCAGCUGAUAUAAGGAGGAAUUUUACGAAUAUGAAAGAGAGAUUGAUGGAGAAACUAGCUGCUCCUCCUGUGCCUGUGCCUGCGGAGGCUCUGGAAAAUGCUCGGCUAUUCGUCGAAUCGUUGAUCAAGGAUGUCACAGCGGCUGCACAGGGCAUGACAAAGGACGCUCUGCAAAAACUCAAGAAUCAUUUGGCCGAGAUCAUACCUUCUCUCUCUCCGCAGCAAACUACCAAGAUGGUUGAUGAGGCAGAGAGAGAAACAAUGGGAGGAAGUGAGGAGAAGAGGAAGCAAGAAGACCAACGUCCACCUUCAUUCAUGUUUCCGGCCUCAUCUACCUUUUCCUUAAUCAAGAGCCCAUGGACGCCACGUUCAAAGCUGUGAUGAGAGGACCACCUCCCUCUCAUCUCUCUCUCUCUUCUCUUCUCUUUCUCUCUCUAGGUUUGGAUAUUACGCUUUUCCGUAGUAAAACCUGCUCGAUGGUUGUUAAAUAAAGACCGAAGAGCAGCCCUUUUUUUUUUCCUACUUGUAAAUGGAAAUAUAAGGUAUGGUUUUUUUCGGACU